GAGACAAAGCUCAUAGCUCAAGAAUCAGUGCUUUGAAGGUAGGACUGGGAAAAAGCAUUUUAAACUAGAUCUCCAGGUGAUUCUAUUCACUGUGUGCCAGACACUGCUAAAGGAUUUAUGGGGAUGAUUCCAUUGAAUACCACCUAUGAGGUAGAAACUCUUAGCUGCUCUAUAGUUGAAGAGACGGGGGCUCAGAAACAGGCUCCUGAUGAGUCUGAUGCCAACCAGGUCCUACCCAGUCUCUCUGCCUUCUCUUUCGACCCUGAGUGGGCCUGUCUGCUGGCACUGUGUGUGGGUCACUCUGCAGGGCUCGGGUCAUGCUCCCCCUUUGUUUCAGAAGCACGUGUUCUCUGUGGACAUGACCUGUGGAAGCUGUGCUGAAGCUGUCUCUCGGGUCCUUGAUAAGUUUGGAGGCGUUAAGUAUGACAUUGACCUGCCCAACAAGAAGAUCUGCAUUGAAUCUGAGCACAGCGUGGACACUCUGCUUGCAACCCUGAAGAAAACAGGAAAGACUGUUUCCUACCUUGGCCUCGAGUAGUAGGGACCUGGUCCCCACAGCCCACAGGAUGGACCAAAGCGGGCAGGAUGCUGAUCCUCCUCCCCUGGCUUCCAGACAGACCUGGGACUUGGCAGUCAUGCUGGGCAAUGGUGUUCCUGUGGAGACCCUCAGUUGUCCUAUUCCUUCCUAGCUUCCCCGCAAUAAAAUCAAGCUGCUUUUGUUGGA